CACAGUGAAAAGCGAGGUGAAAAGUUCAAUCGUUGAAUUUACUCGGAAAGGCGACGCACUAUCUUAAAGUUACUCGAACAAGCAGAAGAACGUAUCCCCACUACGUAUACCUAUUUAUAUAUUUAGGGAUAAAUUGAGUGCUGGAAUUUUAAAACGCCAGACUUUUUUACAACGUAAAAAAUCUGACCUUUCAGCUUUGGUCGACACUGUUGUCACACAAAUGCAAAUUAUACUUUCAAUUCGAUGACGUUGUUGUAAUUGCUGGAGCAUAUCCAAUCAGAAGCUAACUUUGACCUUUCAUUGGAGCGAGAUAGUUCACAAACAAGGCCUCUGGACAUCAUCCUAGCAUCAUUUGAGCUUUGCUUUUGGUAAUAAAGGUUUGGCUCUAAAAGGCAAAGCAUCAUGGCUACGAUGAAGAACGGUUAUGUUUCUCAAUUAAAUGGCAACCACGGUCUUUCAAAUGGUUUCCACAAGACUACCACAAGUGCUAUUAAAGGCUUACCCUGGUACAAUGUCUCGUUUAAGGCUCUGUUCGCUUUGAUCCUUGGGAUUCCUGCCCUUAUUCUAUACCUCGCCCAUCUACCAUGGUGGCUCUAUCCCGUCCUAGCCGUUGUGUGCAUUCUGCCGAUCUUCCUAGCGUUUAUUUUGGUUUUCAAUUACUUCAGUAUGGGCCAUCAAACAAAGCACUCGAGAUUGCCUGAAUUUGUCGAAUUCCGUGAUGCAUCAUUUGGCAAAACCUACGAAUCGAAAACGAUACCCUUGGAAACGUUGAUUGAAGCAUAUGCUGACGAGAAAGUUGAUUUUAGGGGCGAUGUCUUAGAGUGUUUUGAACAGCGGGAGAAUUUCUCAAGUUUCGCUCUUACUUGGAACCACGUUAAAAUAUUUUGUUGUAAUUUUCUGCCCGAAUUACUCAGUCAUACACGUCUACAAGAUUUGGAUCAGGUUCGUGACCACUACGAUCGGGGAAACGAUUUUUACGAAGCCUUCUUAGGGUCUAUGAUGAUCUACACCGCCGGUUUUUUACGGAGACAAGACGAAAGUUUAGAAGAAUUACAGACAAACAAACUCAAUAAUGUUUGCGAUAAGAUCGGGCUGGAGUCUGGGGAUAGGAUGCUGGAUAUUGGGUGUGGCUGGGGGACACUAGUGAACUUUGCGGCAGAGCAACGCGGAGCAAACGCUACUGGUGUGUCGAUUAGUAAAAACCAAAUCGGAUACGCCAGGAGUGUUACCGAGAAGAAACAGCUGACUUCAAAGGUUAACUUCAUGUGUAUCGAUUACAGAGAUAUCCCUCAAGAGAGCUACGACAAAAUAACCUGUCUUGAAAUGGCGGAGCAUGUUGGAGUACUCCAUUUCCAGUCGUUCCUGUGCCAAGUCCGUGAUCUUCUUAAAGAUGAUGGCGUGUUCUUUCUACAAAUCGCUGGCCUUCGACGUGCCUUUCAGUGGGAGGAUUUCGUAUGGGGCUUGUUCAUGGAUAAGUAUAUCUUUCCCGGUGCUGAUGCCAGUUGCCCUUUAAGUUUUGUCGUUCAGCAGCUAGAAGCGGCUGGGUUUGAAGUGGCGAAUGUCGAAACCGUCGGAAUCCAUUAUUCAUACACCAUUCAUCGUUGGUAUAAGAACUGGGUGCGACCCGAGGUGAAAUCUGCGAUUUGUGGGAAGUAUGGCGUAAGGCUGUAUCGUAUCUGGGAGGUUUUCCUUGCAUGGUCAACCAUCAUCGCUAGACAAGGCAAUUCAACCUGUUUUCAGCUUGUCUGUCACAAAAAUCUCAACGAUUAUGACAGAAGUAAGUACUUUAACAUUCAGAAAGAAUAAAUCAUACUCACCUGCGUGCAGUCGCCAAAAGCUAAAAAGUAUGUGUAAAUCUUCUUGUGGGCUUUUUCUCUUAAUUUAUGUGUUACCAAAAAAGUUAGUGUUCAUAGGCCGUGUUGGGUGCGGGUUAGGAUCGGGGAUUAGGAUUAGGAUUAGUUAACGGCAUAACAAAGCCAGAUUUCACCCAAAAGCGUUGCCGGUAUUUGAAAUUUUGUUGAAGGUUGGAAAAGAAAAUACAGAAGAUUUGCCCAUAUUUGGCGAUGGUGAAUAUUUUAAUUGUAUAUGUAAUCGAUCUCAAUGACUGCCGGGUGAGAAUUUUAGUCAUAUAAUAUAGCCAAAGGACGAAUUAUUUUUGCGAUAAUUUUGAAAAUAAUAGGCUAAUAAUAGGCUAAGAAUCUUCUUACAAUUUGGUUCUUUGUAUUGGUUUGUGCCUCUGCAUUUUAAAUUACCAUGUUAAAUUACCAUAAUUGGAUACAAUUCAUAAUAGUAAAUAGAAUCCGCUUACUUAUAAAUUAUAAUCCUAUUACGUUAGCUUAGUUCGCUGGAGAAACUCGCUUUGUUUUCAGAGAAAGCUUCGCUAGAGCCGAGAAAGGGAACGUGGUGGAACUCAAAUAGUUUGUUAAAGUAUAAUGACUACUUACGAUGUAAUUUGCAGGGUUUUUCUCGUGCACGAUUUCGGGAUCGGAGUUGUCUUCUGUUUACGGGCAGAGCUCGUGGACACCCAGUUUUCAGCUUCUUCAGACAAAGUCGGUUUCAAUCAUAUCUUGACACUAUUGGGAGAGGUUUAAAGGGAUCAGUAUUUGAAGUCAUUCGCUCCCUAGCAUAGUUGCAGGUUCAACUCGGGAUCGGAUGAAAACUGAGACUCUUUCUCUGACCUCAGUAUACUUCGAAAACUGUCCAAUUCUUAAAACCAACUUCAAAUAUUGUCAUUUAAUCUAUUAUCGUUCACAUUGCUUUACAUCUUAUUUUCGGAGGUCACAACAAGAUUGAAACUCAUAAAAAUCACACAUUUAGGAGCUGAAAAGUCAGCUGAAAGCUUCUGCAUUUGCUGGUCCGGCAAUUUCAAUAUAAGUGUUUCAAGGAAUAGUCAUCAUUUAAACAAUGUCAACCCAAUUUAACUUUUAAAACGACGAAGCACAAUGCAAUUCGUUUCAGAACAAAUUAGGACCAAUCAAAUUUUGCAUAAUCAUUUUUCGUGCAUGUAUCGGAUUUAUUUUGAGCCUGGUUCCCAAAAAUGCUCAGUAUCAUUUGAAAAAUUAAUUUCAGCAGAAAUCGUCUAUAACCAAAGUUAUACAGGGUGUAUAAAAAAAAACGCAACCACUUAAUAUUCUAAAAUUCAUAUUGUUCAUAAGCUCAAUAGAU